AUGUCGAGCAAGAAGAAGGGUAGCAUGUCGGAGAAUCUUCACGAGAAGAAGACUCGCGUAGGCUUCACCAAUCCGGCCCCCGUUUACCCGGGCACGUCGUUCGCGUCAGACACCUACCAGUCGCUCGGCGUGGACAACAAGUUCGACAUCAACGACCUCAUGUCCAACCUGAAGAUCAAGAUCAUCGACUACAAGCCCAAGGAGGGCCUGCUCGUGUUCGACCUCAUCGGCGUCGAUGCUCCCGUGGCGAACGCCUUCCGUCGCAUCCUCCUCUCCGAGAUCCCCACCAUGGCCAUCGAGCACGUCUGGAUACACAACAACACUUCCAUCAUCCAAGACGAAGUGCUUGCUCACCGCCUGGGUCUCAUUCCCAUCAAGGUCGAUCCGCGCAAGUUCGAGUUCAAGAAACCCGGCGAGGAGGAGACGGACGAGACCACGCUCGUAUUCAAGUUGAAGGUGCGCUGCACUCGGUCGAACAACACAAACCCUCAGAACCCGGAGGAGGCCUACGUCAACUCUAAAGUAUACUCGCGAGAUCUGAUCUGGGAGCCGGUGGGCGGGCAAGCGGAGCUCUUUGCCGAUGAUCCGCCCCGACCAGUGCACGACGACAUCCUCAUAGCCAAGCUGCGACCCGGUCAGGAAAUUGAGGUGGAGUGCCGUUGCGCCAAGGGCGAGGGAAAGGAACACGCCAAGUGGUCGCCGGUCUCGACAGCCUACUACCGACUGCUGCCCGAUAUCAAGUUUGUGAAGGAUUUCAAGGGACAGGAGGCCAAGAAGCUGGUGGCCAAGUGCCCCAUGAACGUGUUCGAUAUCGAGGACUCUGGCAAGGCGUACGUCAAGAACCAGCGAAACUGCACCAUGUGCAGGGAGUGCAUCCGAGAAGACGGUUGGGACAAGAGGAUCAAACUGCUCAGGGUCAAGGACCACUUCAUCUUCUCGAUCGAAUCGACGGGAAUCCUUCCGCCCAACGUGCUCUUCGAGGAGGCCGUAAAGGUCUUCAUGGCCAAGUGCCACACCGUCCUCACCGAACUCGACAACCUCCACGCCCAGUGA